UGCCCUUCAAAAUUCCUUCCAUUUUUCCAGGCUCAACACCACCAAACCUUUCCUUUUUGCCCCAGGACGCCGGUACCUGGCUCGGUGCAGCAGUUCGCACAACCGAUACUGGCGAGCAUGGCUCACAACCAGCGCCUGCCAAUACAUGAAGCACCGCCUUCCCGGCCUCGCACGGUGAGGCUCUGGCACCACCCCGACAUCCACAUUAUCCAUCCCAACCACAAUGCCUUCUCACCCCCAUGGCGCGAAGCAGAGGUCGCCUUCAGGCUCUGCAACACGUGCGAGCAGCUCGACCUCGAAAAUCUAGGGUACCUCCCACGCCAUAGUCGCACACCAACAUCCAGCGCUGGCGUACGUAUCGGGGGCGGGCUUGGCUGGGUCCGCUCGAGCAAGGAUGCCUGCGACCUCUGCCUCACAAUCUGGCGUUCCCUUUCCACUACUAUGCGUGAUGCAGCCGAAGAGGGUGAUUUGGGCCAUGCGGAAGUCUACCUCCGAGCUCACAGAGACAUCUACGGCCCUGGAGGGUCAGGAGUGGUGAUACCCGCCGAUCCGGACCGGGCUACGCGCGAGUCGAUAGAACCGGGCCCGUUGUGCCGGUUGAAUGUCUUCGUUCUGCCACACGGAGCCGCCAAUGACCCUAGAUCAGCCGGUAGUGAUGCGCCUAGAUCGGACGGCUGGUUGUGGGUUUACCUACGCGAAAGAGAACCCCGGAUAGCACCCUCACGUGAGCUCGGUGGGUUGGAUGAGGAGGCUCAAGCAACAAAUGAGAACAAUAGUGUCCCACCUGAGGACCUAGCGAAUGUUGUGCCUGGACGUGCUCUGGCGUCUCCGUAUGCGGACGAGACGAUGAGCACGAUCCGCGACUGGCUGCGAUUGUGUCUCCAAGAUCACCACGACUGCGACAAAUUCGUCUUUGGCUCUGUCAAGCAUUUCAAGUCGCCACCACGGUUGAUCGAGAUUUCGGCUAAUGGCACCGUGGCCCGUCUUGUCGAAGCGAGCGAGCUCGAUGUGCCUUAUCUGGCCUUGAGCUAUUGCUGGGGUGUUCAAAAAGUCCUUGCAACGACUUCAAACAACUACCACUCCUUUCAGGACAGCCUUCCGACGCUACAACUUCCAAAAACGAUACGAGAGGCGAUCGAGAUAACAUAUAGGAUUGGAUAUCGCCAUCUAUGGGUCGACUCGAUCUGCAUUAUGCAGGAUAGCAUGGAGGAUUGGAGAAAGCACACGGUUUUGAUGGGAUACAUCUAUGCCAAUGCCGUUCUGACCAUCGCUGCUACGUCUGCCGCGGGCGGUUCUGAAGGGUGCUUUCUCCCCCGACCUCGAGCGACAAGAGAAUCGCAAUCUCUGUACAACCACGAAGUUCAAGUCCCGUGUGUUCUUUCGGGGCGUUAUCUCGGGCCCAUGCUUCUGGCCCCAGGCGAUGAUUCCUGGUCCCCUUGGAGCGGUAGCCUGGUGAAGGAGCUGAAAAAUUCCAGCUGGAAAGAUCGUGCAUGGGUACUCCAAGAGCGUUUUUUCUCACGCAGGAUCGUACACUUUGGCGCCAGCCAAACGCACUGGGAGUGCAGGAGAUGCGUCAAAAGCCAAAUGUUCCCGUCCUACAAGCUAUUCCAGGACAGCAUUGAGCUUGACUGGCAGACGCUGCGGGACCCCGACAGUGGUGAUGUCCCCGACAUAGAUGCCGCCGAGCAGUGGUGGGGAAAGGUAAUGGCGCGCUACACCCGAACGAAAAUAACGUAUCCGGCCGAUCGCCUACCAGCCUUGGCUGCCAUUAUCCAGGAGGCCGAAGAGGUCUUCGGGAUCAGAUACGUAGCGGGACUCUGCGUGGAGACGCUUCCACGAUCCCUUCUGUGGAUGCCUCGGGCAAACCAGGAAAGUGAGCCUGAAAGACCGCAUUGGGUUGGGGACUUCGAGCAUAUGCCGGAUUUCAUAUACGUGCUCGCUGUCCCGUCUGCGGUAGACAGGACACAAGGAGCUUUCCACCAACGGUUGACAGCGGGAUCACGAAGACCGCUAGAUCCGCCCCCGGCUUCUAGCUGGAGCUGGGCGCACUGGGAAGGUCCAGUAAUGCCUUUUGUGGCUCGAGGAUACUUCCGAAGCCACCUGGACAAUGUUUGUGUGCAUAAACGGGGUGACAUUCAGAGCCAUCACCAGUCCGUUCUCACCUUCUUCACCAGAAUUCGAAAAGUGGCCAUUUGCGCACAGCAGAUGUCACUUGAGGAUGCCAGCGACGUCUUCAUCAAGCGCUUCGACUGGAUAUUCUCGCCGCAUAAAGACGGGCUAACUUGGCUGUACGGGAUCGCUCGUCACGCAGUCGUGGGCCCCGAUGAGUUCAGCGAGUUUGUCAUUCUUGACGAUGCAACCACGGUCCCUAAAAGUCUCUGCCUCGCCUCAGUUGGCACCUGCGUCCUGACCAGCUUUGGGUUUCUCUACCGCAUCCAACUUUCCCUCGCCAUUGAGCCGGCAACGGAGCCUCAAGUUAUGGCCAACGAUGAUUUCCCGUCCCAGUCCUACUAUAGGCGGAGAGGGGUAGCGCUUGCAAUCUCAGAGAUGCCUUUACAAACUUUUGAACGAAAGGAGAGGCCGAGGACUAUCAAGCAUCUUGUUACAGGAGCUAAAUUUCGAUUCGCAUUUGGAUCUCCGGGGUUCACCUCCACCGGCACUACAAUUGCUCUGGUGUAAAAGCAGGAUUGCACUGGUAUGAGCUUGGUACUCUUGAUUGGGAUUCAAACAUUAUUAUCAGUAAUGAAAACACAGUUGGGGUUAAUAUCUGUAUGUUAUUCUCGAGGCAGAACCGGUUUUAUCUGUGCAUCCUAGAGCAAACCUAAUUGCUAAACCCCCGCGGAGGAGUAGGUUAAACCGUUCUAUUACGUCCUCGGUCUAGCGCUCCGCAUCGGCAUAUGCACAUGCCAGGAUCCAACACGAAC